UACCAUCAUGAUUUCCUUUUGCAAAAAAGUGUAAAUCUGUGACUUUGACUCAGUCUAUAGUCUGACGUCUAUGCUUAAUUUGUCACGUCACAAUUGUAGGUUAACUGCCAAUGUCAAAUAUCGUAGAAAGUGAAGUUAACGAACCACAAAAUUCUGUAUUGUUAUUUUCAAUAUGUCUAAAGUUACCUUCAAGAUCACUCUGACUUCGGAUCCAAAACUCCCGUUUAAAGUAUGCUGGUGAUUCACGAGGUCCACGUUGAAGUUACGUCAGUUCACGAUGGAAACUGUGUAUUUGGAACAGUUCCUAGACUGUUUCCAAAGUUUUUUUGCUUUAUGCCUGGACAACUGGCCUGAUGAUGAUACGUCACAUGAACAGAUGAAAAAUGCAUUUCUAUUAUCACAACACAUAGAAAAAUGUAGAGACAAAUUAAUCAAAAUGGAAAUUAUUACAGAAUUCAAAUCUGCAUUAAUUAAAAAAAUUAAUGUACCAAGUUUACUCUUGGAAAACUAUUUAUCAAAUCCACCAAGAUACAUUUUGAAGAAAAUUAUAACUUCAUCUGCUAAUAUUGACCAAAUGGAUGCAGGUUUUACGAUUUUUCUUGAUAUUUUCUCUGAAGAUCAACUUGAAGUUUACUUAUCUGAUAUAAUGUUGGAAGUAGCAUCAAAAGAUACAUUGUUUAAGAACAUUUCUACAGAACUAUCAAAAAGUUGUCAGUCAGAAUUUAAAAGUCAGUUUUUUCUCUCUAAACUUGAUUGUAUUGAUGAUAAUAAACAAUAUAUCAAUGAAAUAUUAAAGGGUUGUAAACAGGAUACCGUUGAUAUGUUGGUUUUAAGCCUGCUUAAUAAUAAUCCAAAAUAUAAUCAUGCAGUUAAAAUUGUAGCUAAGAGCUUUACUAAUUUUAUGGCAAGUCAAAAUGUUGCAAAUAAAAACUUUUGGAAACUGCUCUUCCGUACAGAGGAAGAUAAAUUUAUUCAAAUGUGUUUAAAUCAUGAUGAAAUUUUUAGUUUAAUAUGUAAAGCAUUAAUUGACUGUGGUAAACUGAUUGAACAGAAUAUGUCACUUGAAUAUUUUUAUAUUGACAUAACAUAUUCAGAGCUAUCAACAAAUGUACAAAAGAUUUGUAAAAGUGGAACUUUAAAGUUAGUUUUUUUAGAUUUAAUUUAUCAAAGUAAUGUCAACUUUAGCUUUUGGGAAAGAGAGAUCCAGGAUAUGUGUUAAAAUGCACAAAAAGCAUUUUGUUAUAGCUAGGAUAAGAUUUUAAAUGUAAUGUUACAGUAAAUAUCAAUGCUGAUUGAUUUAUUAUGAUUUAAGUGUUAGUAAUAAUAUUAUACAAUAAUUUACAAUAUUUAUAUAUAAAUUGUGUAGGCACAUACAAUGUACAGUUAAAAACAA